GAUUUUGGUUGAGAUGCCUACCCACACAAACACCACCACAAAACUCCCUUUUUGUUUUUUGGUUGACUUUACAGCGUGAAUCCCAAGACACAAGAGGGUACCUCAGUGGGCCCCACACAACCCUCUCUGCCUAAGAAGAAGAGCAGCUACUGCAGAGAAUCUUCAACCAACCAUACAUACUAACUUGCGAGAAUCAUUUCCCAUCUGAUCCUCCUUUCCUUUCCUUUGGUAUCAAACACACACCCAUUCUUUAGAGAGAGAAUUUUAGAGAGAGAAAGUAGAAAUCUUUGGACAUUUACUCUUCAAUUUGGAAAAAAAAUAAGAGGGAAAAAAAAGAAGGAAAAGGGUCUUUUCUCUCUCUCACAUCAGAUAUCAGACAUCCAAAAAGAUUUUCUUUUCUUUUUUUGGGGUUGAAAUUAUUUGUUAGGAGGUUUUUGUGUUUUUGCUUCAACAUUUCUGACAAUUUCUGGGUAGUUUUUUUUUAUCCAGACAACCAAAAAGAUUGCAUAGAUUGCAUUAUAAAUUUGAAGGUGGACGACGAAAUCUUGGAAAUGCUUAUUCCAUAGUAAAGAAUAUCAGCUUCUGUUUUGAGUUAGUGGGGGUAUAUUUUGUUUGAUAAGCUUCUUGGAUUGGAUCUUUAUAGAAGAAGUGGGAGGAUUUUGGUGAUAAAUGGAUGAUGCAGUUUUCCAUUCUAGUGUUGCACUUGGAGGUCCAUCAAGUUCUCCAAUGGAACUUGAUUAUAUGGAUGAACUCUUAUUAGAGGGAUGUUGGUUAGAAGCAUUAGAUGGCUCUAAUUUCUUUCAUCAAAAUGCUUCAACUUCUGGUGCUUUGUUUGAUUCUUCAUACCUAUGGCCGAUGCUAGAGGUGUCGAAUGAAAGAUCAAACAUAAAAACACAUGUGAGGGAAACUCAAGAGUUGGCUCAAGAUUCAGUUCAAGUUGAUACCCAAGUUGGAGCUUUAGUCAGCACUUCUAAUGGUCAGGGUUUGGUUACUAUUGCUACUGAUUCAAAUCAAUUUGAUAAGUUCUGUGAUGAAGGUUCUGAGCUCAAUAAACUGUUGUGGAUCAAACCUGGGGUGAAUAGAACAGCAGUUUCUGUAAUGGAAAGGCUGUUUAAGGCUCUCAGCUAUAUAAAAGAUUCAGCAAAUGGCAAGGAUCUACUAGUCCAAAUAUGGGUGCCGGUUGUUAGGGGAAGUACUCGUAUCUUGACUACAGUAGAUCAACCUUUCUCAAUCAACUCUAGCAGUUCACAACUUGCUAGUUACAGAAACAUUUCAACAAAUUAUGAGUUUGCUGCAGAGGAAGACUCUUGUGUGUCAGUGGGAUUACCUGGAAGAGUUUUCUUGGGUAAAGUCCCUGAAUGGACUCCUGAUGUUAGAUUCUUCAGGGUCGAUGAAUACCCACGAGUUUCUUAUGCUCAGCAGUGUGAUGUUCGUGGUACUCUUGCUCUCCCGGUUUUUGAACAAGGUAGCAGGAACUGCUUGGGUGUUAUUGAGGUUGUCAUGACCACUCAGAAAGUCAACUAUGGUCCCGAACUUGAAAACGUCUGCAGAGCUCUUGAGGCAGUGGAUCUUCGAAGUUGUUCCGAUAUUCCAGGUCCUCAGAAAACACAGGAGUGUCGCAGUUCAUACCAAGCUGCCUUACCAGAAAUCCUAGAGGUGAUUAAAUCUGCAUGUAGCAGUCAUGGGCUUCCCUUAGCCCAAACCUGGGUCCCAUGCAUCCAACAAGGGAAAGAAGGGUGUCGACACUCUGAUGAAAACCUUUCCCGUUGUGUUUCAACAGUUGAUUCAGCUUGUUUUGUUGCAAAUCCUUGUAUGCAAGACUUCCACCAGGCUUGCUCAGAGCACCACCUAUUUAAAGGUCAAGGUGUUGCCGGGAAGGCAUUCAUGACGAAUCAACCAUGCUUCUCAGCAGACAUAACAACUUAUUCAAAGACAGAGUAUCCUCUUUCACACCAUGCAAGGAUGUUUGGGCUGUGUGCUUCUGUUGCUAUUCGCCUUAGAUGUAUCUACACUGGUAAUGCCGACUUUGUUCUGGAAUUCUUCCUGCCAACCAAUUGUAGGGAUCCUGAAGAACAGAAGAAAAUGCUUACUUCCCUAUCAAUUAUAAUACAACGAGUUUGUAGGAGCUUAAGGGUCGUUAGUGACAAGGAGCUAGACCAAGACACUUUAAUGCUGCAUGAUCCACUCCAGAAGAAUAAGAUGUUAAAGGUGGAAGAUACUGUGUCAGGUUCUUCUCAGGAAGAGUCAUGUGGGACUGCUUUCCAGGACAGAGAGAGAGCUAGCAGUCUCCCAGUUCCUCAAGAAGAUCAACCAAUGGAGGUUUUGGCUGGGAAACACCUGAGACAGCAUCCGCAACACUCUAACAUGAAGGGCAGUCCAGGCCGGAGCAGUCUAGAUUAUUCUGCAAUUGGUGAUGGAAGUUUCUCAACUUCUGGAAAAUCGGGGGAGAAAAAGAGGGCCAAGGCAGAAAAAACAAUUACAUUAGAAGUUCUUCGUCAGCAUUUUGCAGGAAGCCUCAAGGAUGCUGCGAAGAGCAUUGGUGUCUGCCCUACAACUUUAAAAAGAAUAUGUAGACAGCAUGGGAUUAAGCGAUGGCCUUCCAGAAAGAUCAAGAAGGUUGGUCACUCCUUACAGAAGCUUCAAGUUGUGAUUGACUCAGUUCAGGGUGCUUCCGGUGCUUUGCAAAUUGGUUCAUUCUAUUCAAACUUCCCUGAUUUGGCUUCCCCAAAUUUCUCAAAUACUAGUCCCUUUUCAAAUUCUAAGCAACUUGAUCCUCCUCAACAAAAGGAACUUGAAGGUACGGCUACAUCAAAAUCACCCUCACCCUCCUGUAGUCAGAGUUCUAGCUCAAGCCAGUGCUGCUCAUCCGGGACACAGCAGCAGCAGCAGCAGCAGCAGACUAUUGCACAGAAUAAUGAAGAUCCUAUAACCUUACGUGAAGGUGCCUUAAAACGAGCAAGAAGUGAAGCAGAACUUCUUCACACUCCUAAUCAGAAAGAUGGAAACAUAAUUUCAAGGUCCAUGAGCCAAAAAUCUCUGUUUGAGCACCAUUAUAAUAAUAGUACUGAUAAUCGCCCACCUCUUCCAAAAUUUGGGGUCCAAGAAAGUGAUACGUUGAGGGUGAAAGUCACAUACGGAGAGGAAAAGAUCAGAUUUCGCAUGCUUAGAAGUUGGAGGUUCAAAGAUUUAGAGCAGGAAGUAAUUAAGAGAUUCCAUAUUGGUGAAAUGAAUGGUUAUCAACUGAAAUACUUAGAUGAUGACACUGAGUGGGUGUUGCUAACAUGUGAUGCUGAUUUGGAGGAAUGUAUUGAUAUAUGCAGAUCAUCUCAGAGGCAAACUAUCAAACUCUCACUCCAAGUUUCUUAUAGUCAUUCAAGAAGUUCUGUUGCAAGUAACGGCCACUUAUGACAGUUGCCACUCUUGUCAACCUAUGUAUCUAUUUAGUGUUGAGACCUUGGUAGCUUAAAGUAGUGAAUGAAUGCCCCAAAAAACGAGUAGAAAUCAAGACAAGCAGAGAAGGAAUGAGAAUUCUCGUUCUCAGGGUUGCUGCUGGAAGGAACGACGAGUAGAUGUUGAAGUUGUAGCAAUAUAUCACAAGUACGUCUGUGAUAUUCUUACACCUUGUACCUUCAAAGCAUAAGCAUAUAAAGCUUUGGAAUUGGAGGUAUGAAAGGGUCAUAGUUUUACCAAUUUUAUUGUAUCUUUGCCUGUAUGUUUUUAUUUAAGGCAAUGAACCUUGAUAAGUUGAUAUAUAUGUUGUCAGCAAACUGUACCAUAUAUUUUUAAGAAUGUAAAGCAGUGUUUCAAAUUUAUAGAGAAUGUCUUCUUUACAGAA